AUGAAUUUGGAUGAUAUCACAGCCACAACACCACAGGUGCUCAACAAGUGUGUCGAUAUCUUCCUGACUCCAACCCACGAGCUGUAUGUCGACGAGAGUCAUUUUGGUAGUGGUGGCUCCAAAUCUAGAAAUCCUAUAUUCUCAUCCAAGUCUCCUUAUAGCCACCAUCCAGAUAUCCAGUACUUCCAGAAAAUCAAGAACCGGAACCAUUUCAACUACCACCGAUCAAAACAAAAUAGUAAGAGCAACACGCCAACGGUUGAUAGGCUUCACAAGAUGACGUCAACAGUAUUUGAUCCGUUCAAUGCCGAUCAGCUAGUAGCCAGACUCAAGACGUUCACAGCUUUGAAUUGGCACAUACCGUCUUUGCCUAGUUGUGAAGGUGUUGUCUCCGAAAACACUCUCAAUGAGUUAAAAUGUGCCCGAAACGGCUGGAAAUGUGUUUCUUUCUCAUUAAACAACAACACUAAGAACCACUUACUCUGUACUACAUGUAACCAGCUGCUUGUCCUUAAAUUUAGUGAAGGACAGCAACAAAAGGAAUACUCAGCGUUUGAUUACGAUUUUUUGAAAAAUAGCAGCAUUGAAGCAAGCUGUAAUCAACUCAACAAUGCUUUGCACAAUAAGUACUUAGACCAGGUUGUAUAUGAAGGACAUUCUCCACUGUGUUCGUGGAGAAACUUUGAAACCCCUCUAGAGGGCAUCUAUUAUCCACGUCCCUAUUUGAAUAAAACCAACGAGCGCUUGCUUAGAGACUAUCUCAAAAAUUUGAAGAACCUCAUGGAUAAUGGCAUGAUUCUCAAUGAGUAUGCGGACAGCCUUGCGGACUGUUUUGUUAAUGGUGAAGUAGACGAAGCCUUCAAACAAUUCAUAGCGGCAUCUAACACUUGGCUUCUUCAAAGACACUUCCGAGAAAACAAGGAGAAUUUCUCUGUUCUUCUUGAAUUUACUCCUUUAUGGUAUUAUAAGCUUGCGAUGUUGGGUUGGUCAUUGCAUGUCCAAUCUUUCUCAGAGGAGUUGAUUCUUCUCUUGAUCUGCGACAAGUGCAAUCAAAGGAUCUUUCUUAACUCUAAAUCAUCGCUGGUAGCAUCACAAGCUGCUACCGACAAUACUCUCAAUCUUUCUUCGUCCAAGAUACUCUCACCUUGUACCUUUCCCGUAACUUCUAAACUCACUUCUGAUGGUUCUCCUGACUUCACAGCAGAGGCAGAAGUCGAUCUGGAUAAGUUUGAUCCUUUUGGCGAACACAAGCAGUGGUGUUGCAAUGUCAACAAUGUAGCAUCUACGGAAUACAAAUUGAUGUUAUACGAAUAUCUAAUUCAAAUGGUUAUUAAUUCGUCUGAUAAUCUUGGCGCAAAUGGGGAAUAUGUUGUUGAACAAGACAUGAAAAUGGAAAUAGCAAGCAGCAGUUAUUACAAGUUCAAGAGAAGAAAAAGUUUUGAUAUCAACGAAGGCUUAGACAGACUAAGCAAGUUGCGGAAGUUGUACCUUCUAGAGGAAUAG